AAGUUGUCAAAUGAACUUUGUGCAAAGUCGUAUUGGGGCACCACAUCUGCCAGGACUUAUAUCUUUUAGUGGGACAAACAGACAUGGACAAACAAGGUGGGAAAGCAUAUGGAAUGCUCAAAUCUCAACAAGAGGACAAACUGAACUCCAUCAAUGAGAUGUACCUUACUGACUCUAAGUAUGCUGAUGAGGAAGACCUGCAGUCCAAACUGGAGUCUUUCAAACACAAAUACAUGGAGUUUGACCUUAAUGACCAAGGAGAAAUAGACAUUAUGGGUCUAAAACGAAUGCUGGAGAAGUUGGGUGUUGCCAAGACUCAUCUUGAACUAAAGAAGAUGAUGUCUGAAGUGGUGGGAAAUAAAGAGUCUGGGGACACCAUCAAUUACACAGAUUUCCUCAACAUGAUGCUUGGGAAGAGGAAUGCGAUAUUAAGGCUGAUUCUAAUGUAUGAAGGAAAGGCAAAGGAACAAGAGUCCAAGGACACUCGCCCACCACCUCCCAAAACGUUUGCUGAUCUGCCAUAAAUUCAAAACGCAAUAUCAAUAUAGGAUAUGGCCUUUUUCAGUAUUAUCUGAGACAUCAUGUCGCUCAUGGGCGCUUUGGACAAAAGCGUCUGCCAAAUCCCAUAACCGUCCAUAACCAUUCAAUUAUUGACAAUGAAUCAAAUUAUUAAACGUGUUAGGCUACAGGUAAGCUAAGGAUGACACACCACUCGGGACAAAUGGAGUGGUCAUUACACCUCGAGGUGCAUUAACUUUCUGAAACUGUUAAGUCCAUUAUCCUAAUUAUACCACUGUUAUGUUAUGUUAUGUUAUGUGGUACUUACAGUAGCUGAUAUAAUUUCCACAUUUUCAUCACUAAAACAGAGUUGUUCGUGGAACUACUUCAUCACACCCCACCAUAUAUUCUCUAUUUUCUUAACUUACAGGACAAAUGUAAUUACUAGUUAAAAUGUCUGGUUGCUUUGGCCAGUGUGCGAGCUAUGGGGGAGUACAGCCCCCGCCCCCCACUGAUAUGACUGAUAUGGGCUCCCCCAAAAGCAUAUUUUGUGAAAUUUUGGGGGUCUCUAAAAUCUGGUGGAUAUGCUAUUUUGUCAUGCUAUUUUGCAGCUUUCUGAAUCAAACGUAGUCAUGAUAUCCUCAUGUAUAAAUGGUUGAUCACUAAUUUACAAAAUAAAGAUACUGACAUGCAUGAUAGCAUGCCAUUGUUGUAAUAAC